CUUUUAAUACGAAUGCUUUUUACUGCUAUUUAUCAUUCAUGUUUUUGUAAAGUAUAUUUUAAACGCAAGCAAGCUGAACAAGACAGAAAUCGAUGGUAGAGUUUUUGGACAAUACGAAUUUGGAGAUGGAUUCCAAAUCGAGAAUCAAUAAAAUUUUGCACCUCAAAUGUCCUAUUAUAAGACUAAUCAGACACCAGAUGAAACAGGUCGACAACAAGGUAGAGGAAACCAUGUUAAAAUUGAGACGGAGGAAUAGCUUUAGUCAAAGCGAUAAAAUACAAACCAAACAAAAACGAAAUUCCGUUUUCCUCGAGGUUUCGUCGAUGCUUUCGCAAACAACACCCCCGUCCAUAUCUGCGAAUUCAAGAGAUACGCCCGUGGCCAAUUUGGAGCGCUUCCUUCCGGCGAACGACGGAGAUAAUUCAUUCCUCUCCGGCGCUUUCGCGAAUGAUACUAUCAACUAUCUGCCAUCGAAAGAGACGAAUGGCAGCGACAGAAGCGAAGUUAGCGAAAAGGGUGGGAAGUGUCAGGAUCCCGAUGUUAUGUAAGCAAAUGGCAAGUAACGGCGAAAUAUCGAGUCACCGAAACGGGAAGAAAUGGUUAGAGCGAAGGAACGACCUCGCUGCCAGUCGAGGAAUAAAUAGGGUGCUGGAGAUGUAAAAUGGGAGCCACAAAGAAAUAGGAAUGUAAAGAAACGAUUAACUAAACUAAUACCAAAGAGAUAUUUGUCGUUUGUAUCCCUUCUGGAAUCUCUCUUUAGACCGUGUAUUUUUGGUUAAGUACAAAAACAUUGCUGUUUAUCGACUAUUCCUCUACGCAUC